AUGGCCACUCCUAGUAGCAUUGCCGCAUCAAUGGCGAGUAAAACGAAAACGAAGAAAAAACACUUCGUUGCCCAGAAAGUGAAGCUGUUUCGUGCCAGCGACCCUCUGCUCAGCGUUCUUAUGUGGGGAGUCAACCAUUCGAUAAACGAGCUGAGUCAUGUUCAGAUUCCAAUCAUGCUGAUGCCUGAUGACUUCAAGGCCUACUCAAAGAUCAAAGUGGACAACCACCUCUUCAACAAAGAGAACAUGCCAAGCCAUUUUAAAUUUAAGGAGUAUUGUCCACUUGUUUUCCGUAAUCUGAGAGAGAGGUUCAGCAUCGAUGACCAGGACUUCCAGAACUCCCUGACCCGCAGUGCUCCCCUAGUUAGUGAGGCACAAGGCCGCAGUGGCGCUCGCUUUCACACCUCCUAUGACAAGAGAUAUGUCAUUAAGACCAUCAGCAGCGAGGAUGUGGCCGAGAUGCAUAACAUCCUCAAGAAAUACCAUCAGUACAUUGUGGAAUGUCACGGCACAACGCUCCUGCCUCAGUUCCUGGGCAUGUACCGCCUUACAGUCGACGGAGACGAGACCUACAUGAUAGUUACACGCAACGUUUUCAGUCACCGCUUGUCUGUGUAUAAGAAAUAUGACCUAAAGGGAUCCACUGUUGCUAGGGAGGCAAGUGACAAAGAGAAGGCGAAGGAGCUCCCCACAUACAAAGACAAUGAUUUCAUCAAUGAUGGACAGAAAAUAUACAUAGAUGAGGAAAACAAGAAGAUCUUUCUUGAGAAGCUGAGGAAAGAUGUGGAGUUCCUGGCCACACUGAAGCUGAUGGAUUACAGUCUACUGGUCGGCAUCCAUGACGUGGAGCGAGCUGAACAGGAGGAGGUGGAGAGCGAGGACAAUGAGGGAGAUGAAGAAGGAGAGAGUGAUGGAGGGAUUGUGGGUACUCCUCCAGACAGCCCCAGCAACACUCUGGACAGCACCAAACCCCUCUCCCCGGGAGACUUUGACCCAACCAUUGAUGUCUAUGCCAUCAAGAGCCAUGAUAAUUCCCCGAGGAAAGAGGUCUACUUUAUGGCCGUCAUUGACAUUCUACAACAUUACGAUGCCAAGAAGAAAGCAGCUCAUGCCGCCAAGACAGUCAAACAUGGGGCUGGGGCGGAGAUUUCCACCGUGAAUCCUGAGCAGUACUCGAAGAGAUUCUUUGAGUUCAUCACCACCAUCCUGCCCUAGCCUGGGUGCCUAGAAAGAGUCCGUUGAAGGGUUUAAGAGGGACACGGGCAGAGGGGUGUCC